AUGGCUGAGCAAGACUAUACGCCAAUCCCCCACCCGCCUGGUGUGCCUUUGCUCGGCAACAUUUUUGACAUCGACAGCGAGCUCCCGAUGGCGAGCAUGGAGCAUCUCGCUGACACUUGCGGCCCAAUCUAUCGCCUGAGCACCUUUGGCGUGUCUCGUGUCAUCAUUUCUUCUCAUGAACUAGUCGAUGAAAUAUGCAAUGAAGAGCGUUUCAGGAAAGCCGUCUUCAGCGGCUUGAAAGAGAUCCGCAACGGAAUUCACGACGGUCUAUUCACUGCGGAAUAUCCUGGAGAGGAGAACUGGGCUAUUGCUCACCGUGUUCUUGUUCCGGCUUUCGGCCCCCUUGCGAUUCGGGGAAUGUUCGAUGAAAUGUAUGACAUUGCCACGCAGCUGGUGCUGAAAUGGGCUCGGCAGGGACCCAAGCAGCCCUUGACGCCAACAGAUGACUUUACCCGUCUGACACUGGAUACCAUCGCCCUAUGCGCUAUGGGGACUCGCUUCAAUAGCUUCUAUCACGAAGACAUGCAUCCCUUUGUCGGUGCUAUGAUGGGAAUGCUCAGAGGCGCAGGUCAACGGUCCCGUCGUCCCGGAAUCAUCAGAGACCUGCCUACCAGCGACAACACGAAAUUUUUCAACGACAUCGCUGUUUGUCAGAAGACAGCUCGUGACUUGCUGGAAGAUCGUCGGAAAAAUCCCGAACCAGAGAAGAAAGAUCUUUUGAAUGCCAUGGUUUUGGGCAGGGAUCCCAAGACCGGCCAGGGCCUUACCGACGAUUCAAUUAUUAAUAACAUGAUUACCUUCUUGAUCGCAGGCCAUGAAACGACGUCUGGCACGUUAUCUUUUCUGUUCUACUACCUCCUCAAGACCCCACAAGCAUACAAGAAAGCCCAGGAAGAAGUUGACACGGUCCUCGGCCAUAGAAAGAUUACCGUCGAAGAUCUCCCGAAAUUGUCUUACAUUAAUGCCUGCAUACGUGAAGCAUUACGCUUGAAGCCCCCUGCCCCUGGCUUUUCUGUCGAGCCACACCCAAUCAAAAACAUCGAAGACCCUGUCACGCUCGGAAACGGCAAGUACAAGCUUGAAAAGGGCGAAAAAGUUGUCAUCGUGCUCUCCAAACUUCACCGUGACCCAGCAGUUUGGGGCGACGAUGCUGAAGAGUUUAAACCGGAGCGCAUGCUGGAUGAUAAAUUCGAAAAAUACCCCAAAAAUUCCUGGAAGCCCUUUGGUAACGGCAUGAGAGGUUGCAUUGGGCGACCGUUUGCAUGGCAGGAAAUGCUCAUCGUUGUAGCGAUGCUGCUCCAAAAUUUCAAUUUUCAGCUUCACGACCCGACGUACAAUCUGCGCAUUAAACAGGCGUUGACAGUUAAGCCGAAGGAUUUCGAAAUCAGAGCUACGUUAAGAGAAGGAUUAGACGCUACAACCUUGGAUUCGGUCCUGAAUAGCGGCCAAGAACCCAAACUUCCUUCACGAGAGGAAAAGACAAGUGCCCAUGCUGAUAUCCCGGAGGGAGCAGGAAAGCCUUUGCAUAUAUUCUUCGGAAGCAACACUGGAACAUGUGAAGCUUUUGCUAGACGGCUAGCCGAAGACGCCGUGGAUUUCGGUUAUUCAGCUCAUAUUGAUUCACUUGACUCAGCGAUGCAGAACAUCCCCAAGAAGGACCUAGUUGUGUUUAUCUCAGCUUCAUAUGAGGGCCAGCCUCCAGACAAUGCUGCACUUUUCUUCGAAUGGCUCAGUGGGUUGAAAGAAAAGGAAUUAGAUGGAGUCAAUUAUGCCGUUUUUGGGGCCGGACAUCAUGACUGGGCUUCAACCUUCCACCGCAUUCCAAAGGCGAUAAAUAACCUUGUUGCGGAACAUGGUGGCAAUCGUCUCUGCGAGAUUGGUCUAGCUGACACAGCUGGAGCAGAUAUCUUCUCUGCAUUUGAGACAUGGAGCGAAUCGUCAUUCUGGCCCGCGAUGCAAUCGCAACUUGGAGCCUCUUCGAAAGGGAAAACCUCGAAAUCAAAGUCUGCAUUGAAUGUAGAGAUCAGCUCUGGAAUGCGCGCGAAAACUCUAGGUUUGCAGCUUGGAGAGGCGCUAGUUGUAGAAAACCGGCUCCUAACAGCCCCCGAUGUGCCCGCCAAACGCCUCGUCAGGUUCCAGUUACCGUCUGACACUCCGUACCAAUGCGGAGACUAUCUCGCUGUGCUGCCGACCAACCCCGACAAUGUUGUCCACAAAGCGAUCCGACGAUUUGGCCUACCAUGGGAUGCCAUGCUCACAAUUAGGAAAACCCCAGGUGCUACGACGGGCCCAUCAAUUCCAUUCGACACGCCUAUUUCCGCGUUUGAGCUAUUUUCCACCUACGUGGAGCUUUCUCAGCCCGCGUCGAAAAGGGAUAUAAAUGUCCUCGCUGAUGCUGCCGCUGCUGAUCCAGAUACACAAGCGGAAUUGCGCUUUCUGGCAUCAAGUCCGACACGUUUCGCGGAGACUCUGGCCAAGCGCAUUAGCCCUCUGGAUUUGUUGAUUCAAUAUCCCAAAAUCGAUAUAUCUGUCGGUGAUUAUCUUGUAAUGCUUCCGCCAAUGCGUGUUCGACUAUACUCGAUAUCAUCAUCCCCUCGCAAGGACCCUUCGGAAUGCUCGAUUACUCUGUCCGUCCUCAACAGCCCGUCCGUCCUAUCUUCUAGCCUCUCGGAAGAAGACAGAUAUCUCGGUGUAGCAUCCACCUAUCUAUCAACCCUCAAGCCGGGUGAUCGCGCUCAUGUCGCAGUCCGCCCUUCGAACAGCGGCUUCAAGCCCCCGGUCGACCUACAAACACCUAUUAUUAUGGCUUCUGCGGGUAGCGGUAUCGGGCCUUUCCGUGGAUUUAUCAUGGACCGCGCAGAGAAAAUCAAGGCUCGCGGGAGCAGUGACCCAAAGCCCGCCCCAGCCAUUCUCUAUGCUGGUUCUCGUACGCAGGGCAAAGAUGAUCUUCAUGCGGACGAGUUUGAGGAAUGGGAACGACUUGGCGCUGUCCAGGCCCAUUGGGCAUUCUCUCGUCCGGAAGACCCGAAGCAUAAGCGAGCACACGUUCAAGACGUAAUGCUUCAGGAUGGCACAAGUGUAAUUGAUCUUUUUAACGCAGGUGCAAGGAUAUAUGUCUGCGGCAGCACCAGUGUCGGAAAUGGGGUUCGUGAGACUAUUAGGCAGUUAUAUGUGGGCGAGAGAAGAAGAAGACUGGCAGAGGUAGCUUCAGAGGCUGGUGAAAAGGGCUUGUGGCCUGAGAUCAGUGAAGAGGAGGCAGUGGACAGGUUCUUUGAACGUCUGCGGACGAGUCAGAGAUUCGUCACUGAUGUUUUUACUUGA